GGCCGCGCCGCCACUCGCCGCUAAAGCUUAUUUGGUGGGGCGGUCGGACUAGGGAGCGCGCACGGAGCGCGGGACUGACCGACGGACGGACGCCCCCGCACACGCAGACGCACAGAGCUCGGCUCGGCCCCCAUCGCAAAACACUCGCGCAGACACACACAGGGACACACGGACACACGCACCCCCUCGCGUGCACAUCCUCCCGCCCGGAGCCCGCUCUGCCCGAGCAUUGUUUUCAACAAUGACUGAAAACUAGAAAAGAGAAGAGUUUAGGGAUAUGGGCGAUGAAGACAGGUCUGUCGGUUCCUCGCUGUGGAUGCCAGGGCAGGACAUCAGGAACCUUCCCCUUUCUCUACAAAGCCAGUGUUUCUCCCAGUCCUGGAACCUCUAGGGUGGGACUCACUCUCCUACAUGCUUCUCUUAAUUCAUACUAACUGAUACUUCAUCUGCUGACCACAACCAAAUCAAUACAACCAGUACCACUGCAACAUGUUUCACUUCGGAUUGUGUCCAGAGAUAUCAGGCAUGGAGUAUCAACUCUUCAGCUUUAUUACUCUGCCACCAGGAUUGAGGACAAGAACCACGCUGCUGAUGACUCCGAGGGAGGUGCCCUGGUCAUGUGCUGCAGUGAGAGGCUGCCGGGGCUCCCCCAGCCGGUAGUGAUGGAGGCACUGGACGAGGCUGAAGGGCCCACAGAAGCUCAGAGAGAGAUGCUACCACCCCCACCUCCUUCGGAUCCUUCAGAACCAGCUCAAGGCAUCAGAAGCCACUCCCUCACUGUCAGGAGCAGCCUGUGCCUGUUGGCUGCCUCCCAGUUCCUGCUGGCCUGUGGGGUGCUCUGGUUCAGCGGCUAUGGCCCCAUCUGGUCACAGAAUGCCACAGACCUUGUCUCCUCCUUGUUCACACUCCUGAAGCAGCUGGGACCAGUGGCCUUGCUAGGUGUGGGAUCCUGGGAAGUCUCCCAUCUGCUACUACUGAUCUCCUUGGCUGUGGUCCUUGUCACUGCCCUGGUUUGGCAUCUCCUGAGGUCUUCCCCAGAGCGGCCCACCCCACUGCCCCCAGAGGACAGGCGCCAGUCAGUGAGCCGCCAGCCCUCCUUCACCUACUCAGAGUGGAUGGAGGAGAAGGUGGAGGAUGACUUCCUGGACCUGGACCCUGUCCCUGAGACGCCUGUAUUUGACUGCAUGAUGGACAUCAAGCCUGAGGCUGACCCUGCCUCACUGACUGUCAAGGCCAUGGGUCUGCAGGAGAGAAGAGGCUCCAACGUCUCUUUGACCCUGGACAUGUGCACCCCUGGCUGCAACGAGGAGGGCUUCGGCUAUCUCAUGUCCCCACGGGAAGAGUCAGCCCGCGAGUACCUGCUCAGUGCAUCUCGUGUCCUCCAGGCCGAGGAACUGCACGAAAAGGCGCUGGAUCCCUUCUUGCUGCAGGCAGAGUUCUUUGAAAUCCCCAUGAACUUUGUGGACCCAAAAGAAUAUGACAUCCCAGGGCUGGUACGGAAGAACCGCUACAAAACAAUUCUCCCCAACCCUCACAGCAGAGUGUGUCUGACCUCACUAGACCCCGAUGACCCUCUGAGUUCCUACAUCAACGCCAACUACAUCCGGGGCUAUGGUGGGGAGGAGAAGGUGUACAUUGCCACUCAAGGACCCAUCGUCAGCACAGUUGGGGACUUUUGGCGCAUGGUGUGGCAGGAGCACACGCCCAUCAUUGUCAUGAUCACCAACAUCGAGGAGAUGAAUGAGAAGUGCACCGAGUACUGGCCAGAGGAGCAGGUGGUAUAUGACGAUGUGGAGAUCACGGUGCGGAAGGUCAUUCACACUGAGGAUUACCGGCUGCGACUCAUCUCUCUCAGGAGUGGGACCGAAGAGCGAGGCCUGAAGCACUACUGGUUCACAUCCUGGCCUGACCAGAAGACCCCAGACCGGGCCCCCCCACUCCUGCACCUGGUGCGGGAAGUGGAGGAGGCAGCUCAGCAGGAGGGGCCCCAUUGCGCCCCCAUCGUUGUCCACUGCAGUGCAGGGAUCGGCCGGACUGGCUGCUUCAUUGCCACCAGCAUCUGCUGCCAGCAGCUGCGGCACGAGGGCGUGGUGGACAUCCUGAAGACCACGUGCCAGCUCCGGCAGGACAGGGGUGGCAUGAUCCAGACCUGCGAGCAGUACCAGUUUGUGCACCAUGCCAUGAGCCUCUACGAGAAGCAGCUGUCCCGCCAGUCCCCAGAGUGACCACACUCCUCCCCCACCCCAAGUCCUCUGAGCAGCACCCAUCUUGAGCCCGGACCCUCACCCCAACCAUGCCCAGGGUCCUGCCCCAUCCUGGCCUGCUCUGUCUGUCCCUACAUGCUCCCCUUCUCUUCAGUCUGCUCCCCCUCUCAGUGUUAGUCUGGCCCCUGUCCUCCCCACAAACUUAGCUGUUCCCAUUGUACAUAUUGGGGAGUGGGGUGGGGGGGGGGAGGGAUGCACCAGGCCAGGCUUGGGUCCCCAGGGCCUGACCAACACCAUGCCAAACUGGGGCCUCAGUUUUUAAUGAUGGUUCCAUUGCUACUUGAUCCAAACAUUUCUGUGCCACAACCCAAGUGUCCUGUUGCAGUGUGUUCUAUCUGUCUGUCUAUCUCUGCAAUCUGUACCGGACACUGUGUCUCCUCAGCCCAGGAAAAGGGUAACAAGCUCCACUCCCUUGGGCUCCCAGGCAGAGGUGCCUGUCUCACCACCACCCCCACCUCCCACCCCACUUCUCCCAACUGUCAAAUUGUAACUGUACCUGCUCCCACUCUAGCUACUGGGACCAGAGUGAGAAGGGGGUCUCAGGAUCUGAGAUCAGGCCCAGGGAACUCCUGAAAGGUUGGCAGAGAUCUCAGCUUGAGGCAAGGUCUCUGGGUUGGGCGGUGAAGGCAGUGUCUAGGAGCCACAUGUCCUCAGAAGGUAGGAUCAGCCUGAUGGGAGUUGGUGGACCCAGAGGUCCUAACAGGAGUGUAAGGAGGGACUUGCUCCAGGUCUGUGUGCACCAUUUCCCUGGCCCUGUGGGAAAGCCUUCCCAGAAGUCUCUGCGUGCAGCUCCGAGUGUGUUCUUGUGUCCAUGUGUGUUGGGAGCCCGUCUGCAGGGCAUGCAUGACUCUUUGGCAACAUGUGUUAUCUUGGGGCCAUGUGUUUUUAUUGCUGACUACAAAUAUUUACUCCAUGGCAGACAGACAUAGGGUGUCUUUUUAUAAUUUGCUCGUGGUCAUUGAAUAGAGCAAUAAACAGAGCAUUUUGAGCAAAA